AUGGGUUACCCUACACAGGAAAAGUUAGCUUAUCUACAUGACCUUGAAAAGGCUCUUCAAAGUAUUGAAGGGUGCUCAAGUGUAACUCUUCCAUUUUUGGACCAAACAAGUGCUGAAACAUUGAAAAAUGGCCUUCCUUGGAUCUUUACAUAACAAAAGGUGAUCCUCGACGACGGAUCAGAGAUUGAUAAUCCUCUACUCCAUUAUAAACUUCAAACAGCACUAGCUGAUACUGCCCUUAUCGACGGGUACGAUUACUCAAAGCCUGAAGGAUACCAAACAGUAAGAUAUCCCCUUUCAGGGCUGAGUGGAACAGAGGAAGACAAGAAAAGUGCUGAAGAACAUAAUAAACAAUUUGACUACGAUAAGCAAGUGACAUUACUUAAUUCAAAUGUAAGAAACUGGCUUACAAGUCAACAAACAGCAGUAGCAGAUAAAUAUUACCAGUGCCUUUAAGCUCCAAAUUAUACUGUUUUUUCAAAUACUACUUCUGCUGGCAAAUGGAAUAAGGACCACACAGGCGCACCAUUAAUUAUUCCUUUAGAAAAUCCUCACAAUUGGAUGCACUUAUGUAUUGGAGGAUUUACCGACAGUAAAGAUGGUAGUGUAAGGGACCCUAUUGUUUAUACAGUAGGAUCUAAUGGUGAUAUGGGAGAGAAUGAGACUGCAGCAUUUGACCCUAUUUUCUUCUUCCAUCAUUGCUGGAUUGAUUUAGUCUUUUGGAAAUGGCAAUAACUCCACGGUGCAACUACCCUUUUUGAUAUACAAUAAGGCUAUCCAGGCACAAAUACGAGUGACACAGGUGUCUAAGUUAACGCUGACCAAAAUGAAGAUGAGGAACUUAACAUUGACUCUCCACUACAUCCUUUCAUCAAUCAAGCCACUGGUGCCUUAUAUACUACCAGAGACGUGAUAAACAUUGAAAAUCUCGGAUAUUCAUUUGGCCCUAAUUCCCUUGACUCAUUUUAACUUCCUACAGAUGAUUAAUAGGCCGAUUCUUUGAAAGGAGCUGUUGUCCUUAAAAAGAGGCUAGAAGUCAGAGGAAUCAAUAGAGCUUAUAUCAAAGGUUCAUUCAUUAUAGCCUAAUAUGAAAUUAUUGAUGGUGAGAAGCAAUACGUUGGGGCUGUGCCAAUUUUGAGUAGAUGGAAUGUUUAAAUGUGCGAAAAUUGCCAAUACCAUCUUGAUGUGCAAGCUUACUUUGAAGUCGAAAACCUUGAGGGUGUUCCUUCAGAUAAAAGAGUCUUUUAAACUCAGUGUGUGACUAGAUACGGUACCUAAAAUCUACCUUCUGUCUUUAGGACUGAGUCAUAUUCAUAUGAAGACUAUAGUUGCUAGAUCUUGGACUGA